AUGGUGUCAGCCGCCGGAGGCAUCGUUAUCGCCAUUCUGGUCCUUGUCGUCCUGGGCGGCGUCGGUUGGGUCAUCUUCACUCAGCUGCGCGCCCGGAGACUAGGCCUCCCGCCUCCUUCACUCUCCUCGUACAUACCAUUCCGAAAAUCCGAUCCACCGUCUUACGGACCCCCGCGCCCAGCGCCCAGCGGCAUUGUUGGCUGGUUCAACAACAAGAUCACCUCCUUCAAGAACCGCAACAACCGUUCUGCGGCCGGCGCUUACGAGCAGCCCUCUGGCGGCACUGCCCGCCGCGGCUUCGGCCCCCUCGAUCCCGAUGAAGCCUGGGACACGCGCGUUGGCCAUGAGGCGGAGACCUACGGCCCCUACGGCAACUACGAGGAACAGGAGCUCGGAUACCGCGGCGGCGGAAGUGCCGCCGCUGGAGGCAACAGCUAUAACAUGAACCUGGCCUCCACCCCCGGCGUGCACGACGAGCCUCGGGGCCGCAGCCUCAGCCGACCCGGUGACGAGCUCUCCGUGCCCAAGGGAGGCAGGAAUCCGUUCGACGACGACGCAGAGCCGAGCAACAUCAGCCUUCGCGGCGUAAGUCCCCGGCCGAUAGUCGACACGGCACCGCAGCAGCAGCCAAAGGAGAACGGCGAGAGCCCGACGGAGCGGAGAUCAAUUUUCCGCGAGAACGUAUAA